UGUGAUCUCUCUGGAAUGUGCAAUGUUGCCGACACUGGAGUCCCUUCGGUGCGAGUGUACUCAGACGGCCGUACGAUACUCGGACACUAUCUGUCCUUCUCGGCUCCGCAGGAACGCCCCACUAAUAACAUACCAAGAAAUUCCCGAGACGAACACGGCCAUAAAAGGCCAACUUGCCGACAAUCGCCAAAUUUACAUCGAAUGGCAACGCCGCAAUCGAUCUUUGCCAUCGACAACCGUUCCCAAAACCAUUCCCAUUUUUGCAUAGCCACCCAUGCACCGCACUUUCUACUUUCUAGUAUGUGCUACAUUCGAUUGUUUCGCUCAGUUGUCUCGGCGAACGCUCGAACAUUUUCCAGUCUCGAGAGAAUGAAAGCAAUGGUUGACACACUCUCGAGCAACUCCACCAUUCUGCGCUCUAUGAAAGACAGCAGUCAUAUCAUCAACUAUGAGCCCUACAAGCCGCUUCCCCCCGAGACGAAAGCAAGUGUCACCGAGCCGGACAACGGCCACAAAAGCGAAGCCCUGAGCGCCUCCGCCCGACUAGACCUAACUAAGGAGGCGGAUCGCUUGAGCACAUUCAUAGACUGGAAAAGUUCGGCUGUAACUCCCGAAGCCUUAGCCAAAGCCGGCUUCUACUUCUUAAACAACCCCUCGAAGCCCGACCUUGUGAAGUGUGCCUUUUGCAAAGCGGAAAUCUGCAGUUGGGAGCAGGACGACGAGCCGCUGUCCGAGCACGUGCGAUGGUCGCCAAACUGCCCCUUUGCCAAAGAGAAGAGCCAGAACUUGCGCGUCCCGGCCCAAGGCCAGGACGUGUGCGGGAAUGUGGAGCUGUUCCCGAACUCGGUUCCGGAGAGUGAGACGUUCCGGAUGCUCCGGACGAUGAUCCGGCCGUAUGAAGACAAGAAGGCGCGGUUAGAGUCGUUUGCGACUUGGCCGAGUUCCGCGAAGCAAAGUCCGGAGACGCUGGCUGAUGCCGGGUUUUACUACCGGGGGGUGGAGGACCACACUAUUUGUUUUUCGUGUGGAGGGGCGCUUAGGGACUGGAAGGACGAAGACGAGCCGUGGGAGGAGCACGCAAAGUGGUAUCCCAGGUGUGAGUUUCUUGUAGCUUCCAAAGGACAGGGUUAUAUUAACCAAGUUCAGAAAAAAAUGGCCGGUGUGUCGGCGAGUAAUGUAACCAAAGAGAACGAAAGUACUGAGGAAAAAAGUGAGUGUGGUGCAGCGUCUGAAGAUGGAGUGAUUUUAUGCAGAAUUUGCGACAGAUUUGAAAGAAAUACCGUUUUUAUGCCGUGUAAACACAUUAUUGCGUGUACGCAAUGUUCGGAUGUUAUGCAAAAUUGUCCAAUUUGUAGAAAAGGCAUCGACAGCAAGAUUAAAGUGUAUAUAUCUUAAAAACUAAAUUGUAACAUAAUUCACUUUUUUUCUUUUCUUAAACACUUCUAGUCAAUUUUUCAUCGGUUGGUCUUCAAUAAAACUAAUUAGAAAAACAGACUCUAUUUUUAUAUAACACCCUUCUUUCAGUACAAAGCUAUCAAUACCGUAGGGUUGAUUGUUAUCUAACUGUACAUAAGUUAACUUAAUUUCCAACAAUACGCUUCAAAUAGGUUUAGUUGACUUUCAUUUGAUGUAGCAAGUUCCUCACUGCAAUAGCUGAAGUAAUAUAACGUUUACAAUGACAUUACUUCACUGUUUUUGUAUUACAAGAAUAGAAUAUACAAUUUUCAAUUCACAA